GAUGACGUCAGACGUCGUCGUUACGUACGGAGCUUGGUACGGUGCAUCUGUUUGACUGCCCCGAUGUAUUCGUAGACAGUUACAAAGUUUGUAAGAAUUUACAAAAAGGUGUUCACGCGGUGUCUUAAUCACACUCUGCACAUCAAUCCGACCGCAGACGUUUAGCUCAAACACAGGAUUUGACAGAACGAAUGGUGCUGGUGUGAUCGUAAUUCUAUUCAUUUCCUUCUUCUUCCCCUUGACUCGGGGGGACUAAGCUGCACAACACACUGCCGACAGCGGGUCAUCAGAGAUGUCUGGUCGUGUGUGCGCCAGCAUCCUUCAAAGAGCUUCGAGCUACACUCUGCCUCCGUCCUCCUCCGUACUCGAGCGUGUCCACCUCGUAGCGGUUCCUUCCUCUCAGCCUCCUCGACCUGCCUCCCUCCGUCGCCUCUCCUCUACCUGCAGACCAGACCAGCUGCGCUCCAGUGGCGAUGAGGCGUCAAGAAGUUGGUCUCGAAGAGGGCGACACUUUUCGACGAGUGAGGAUCUCGACUUCCAGCUCAACCUGAUGCAAAUCAACAGCAUUCUGCGAUCUAAUGAGCAGAUUGUGAGUGUGCCAGAGUUUGAUGGCAGGGGUCUCAGUGGUGUGAGGAAGUUUGAGAGUAACCAGCUUGCUGCUAACAAACCUAAUGAGGACCGUCGCAGUGCCGCCACCUGCCUACAGUCUAAAGGUAUGCUCUUUGGUGUGUUUGACGGCCAUGGGGGUUGGGCGUGUGCCCAAGCCGUCAGUGAGCGGCUGCUGUACUACGUAGCAGUUGCAAUGAUGCCAAAGAAGAGCUUGGAGGAGCUGGAGAGGUGCAUGGAGCAUGGCAGACCUGUUCCCCCUAUCUUGCAGUGGUACAAACACCACGCAGACCUCAACUAUCGCGAAUCUGCCUCGCUCUACAUCAACCACCUCAGAGUUUUCUGGCAAGAGCUACUGGACAGUGAGGAACAUGGUGAGGGCAUGAAUCCCAAGGACGCUCUGGAAUGCGCCUUCAAACGGCUUGACGCUGACAUCUCCUUGGAGGCUCAAGUGCCCCUUUCCAAUGACCUGAUGAAAAGCACAGCCAUCCAGGUGGCGUUCGCCGGUUGCACUGCCUGUGUGGCACAUGUUGGCGUAGACGGGAUCCACGUGGCGAAUUCCGGCGACUGCCGAGCUGUGUUGGGAGUACGGGAGGAGGACGGUUCAUGGAGCGCUUUACCCCUAUCCCAGGACCAUAACUCGAAUAACCAGGCUGAGGUGGAGCGAAUCAAAGCCCUACACCCGCCCUCAGAGAGAGACACGGUGGUCACAGAUGAAAGACUGCUCGGGAUCCUGAUGCCCCUGCGUUCAUUCGGCGAUGUGAGGUUCAAGUGGAGCUGUGAGUUGCAGCAGAGCAUUUUAUCCAACCUGGAAUCUGGAGUGGAUCUCGACUCCCUCAACCUGUACCAGUACACUCCGCCCAACUACCUAACUCCACCCUACCUGGAUGUGACACCUGACAUAACCUAUCACAAGCUCAGACCUCAGGACCACUUCCUGAUUCUCGGCACCGACGGGCUGUGGGAUGAACUCGGAAACCAGGAGGCUGUUCGACUGGUCGGAGAGCACCAGAGUGGGAUUCACCUACAGUCUCCAGUUUCACCAUCUGAGAGGCGGCUAAAAUUGGGUUUGAUGCUUGAACUCCUACUGAAACGAAGGGCCCGUGCCACCCCCGCCCUAGACGCCAACGCUGCCACACACCUCAUCAGACAUGCUCUUGGCACAGGGGAGUACGGGGAACUGUGCCAGGGGAGAUUGGCCGCAAUGCUCGCUCUGCCCGAGGACCUGGCUCGAAUGUACAGGGACGACAUCACAGCUACUGUGGUGUAUCUGAACUCUGACCUGGCCAGACCUUGCCACAGCUAACAGAUUUUAUUUAUUUGUUUCUUACAGUGCUGGAUGGAGAUAGAGAUUAUUUUAAGUUUACAAAUGGUAAUCAAAUCAUUUCAAACUGUUACAUAAUUGAUUUAUAAAUACUUUUAAAUGUAAGGACAGUUCUCAGCUUUGUAUUAUGUACAGCAACUUUCUUUGAAUAUCACUGUUCCAUAUGUUCAACACGGGUUACAUGUUCAUGAUUGCAGCAUUUUAUUUGGUCCAAAAUACACAUUUUUGUAUUCUUGAGAGUAUUCAUGAUGAAUGUUUUAUAUCCAAGUUGCAUGCAAGUGGAAACAUUCUCACUCUGUUUUUGCCUCGUCAGAACUUUUGUUUCUAAUUGUCUUGCACAGUUGCUUCAGACAAUCCAUUUUCCUGUUUACUGUGAAGUAUAUUUUUAAUGUUGUAUAACUGUACUGUCUUUAAUGUGAAUGUCAAAUGUGUAUAAGUUGUCACUGCACUGGUCAAGUGCUUCAUAUUAAACAAUUGAGAAAUUUU